AUGAUAGCAGGCUCAACUGCACCAUCAAAUCAGCAUGAAGUUUUGAUGGCAUCGAAUUUAAUUAAAAAGCCAUCAACUUCUCAGAAUAAAAUACCGGCCACUCAAUCCAGUCCAAGUAACAAUGGAGAUGCAGAUGGUGGGGUGCAGCAUUACCAUCAACAUCAUCGCCAUUUGUGGUGGCCACGAACAACAGACCACCAUUAUUGGUGUGUCUUGAGGAAAAAUCAAUUUGCUUAUUAUAAGACCCAAGAUGAAAGAGAAGCCAUAAGUGUGAUACCAAGAUUCAACAUACUUAGUUUCAAAAUCAGCGAGCUUGAUGGGAUAUUGACUGUUUAUACUCCAUCCAAGGAUUUAAUAUUCAAAUUCCCACGAGGACAAAAUGAAAAGAUUGACAAGGAACUAAUGCAUAACUGGAAAAUUGCACUCGAGAAAUUUUUGUCAAGCCCUAGCGGUAAUGAAAGUGUCACUACAGGUAGUGAUUACGAUGAAGACGAGGAUGAGGAUGAUUUGAUUGUAGUCGACGAAAAGGCGGGUCCUUCUAGCAGCAAACAUUCUUGCAGUUUGACGAUGGAUGAACAACCCUCUCGUGAGGAUAAGGAGUUUUAUAGGAUGUUUGAUCCUAAGAAUGCAGAGCAUCAAGUUUGUUCUGGAAUCCUUUAUACCAAAGUGAAGAAAAAAAAGCUCUUCAAUAGGGCCAAAUGGCAAAAAUUCAAUGUGGAGUUGACUAAUACUUCAUUCAAUCUAUACUCUUUUAAGACGGGAAAGUUAAAAAAAAGCAUCAAGUUGAAUACGAUCAUUGACUGUAUUGAACUUGAUAAUAACCCGAGGAACAAGAGCGAUGAUAUGAAUUUUGCUUUGAUUACUUUUGACGAAAGACUAUCAUUCAAAGCCGCUAACGAUCAAGACAUGGUGGAUUGGAUUAUAAACUUCAAGAGCGGCAUCCUAAUAAGAAAAAAAUUCAAAAGCUAA